AUGAGUUUUCUUUAUUACAGAGAAGACGUAAUCAAAAAUGUUAUGAAUUAUUUGGAAACGGACACCGUUCUUUAUCGUUCUGAAGAAAACGACAAAUUGAAGAGUCUGCAGGAAGCUCAUUGGGAUCCUGUUAUUGCCUGGGCUUCGGAACGGCAUCGUAUAAAUCUGAGACCAUCCUACAACGUUGCCGAAAGUUUUGAGUCUAAGAAGAUUGUUGCCAACCUUCUUCGAAGUUACAGCUUUGAGGCUUUGUUGGGUAUACAGUUUGCAGUUGAAAGUAUAAAAUCUUUACUGCUAACGUUAGCUGUACUGGAAUUUUACAUGGAGGCGCCUAAAGCGGUUAAAGCAGCGUUACUGGAGCAGCAUUUUCAGAUAGAAUCGUGGGGAAAGGUAGAAUGGGCGCAUGACGUCGAGUACGAAGAACUAGUUGCUCGUUUUUCGGCUGGGAUUCUUUUUGCCCGGUUUCUUUCAAGUAUUUAUCAUUCGAGGACUCUAACAAAUUGA